AUAUUUCUUUUUUCUUUCUCUUAUUCUCAAAUUUUUGUUUUUUGUUUUAUUUUCUUCUUACCAUAGUGGUGUGGAGCCCAUAGCUGGACCUUUGCUUUGCUGGCUUGAAGCUCUCCAUUGUUGGUCUUUUAUGGGGCUUGUCUGCUAAGAGAAAAUAGAGGGCACUAGUGGAGAGAGAAACUGAAAACCCAUCUCUUGAUUUCAUGGAUCCGUGGAUCUGAUUGAGUUUUUGCUGCUUUUUCUUCUUCUUCUUCUUCUUCUUCUUCUUCUUCUUCCAGUUUCCAGAUCCUUCUCGUGGUAUCUACACAUAGUUGCUUUCAAGAAACAGUCAAAAUUAUCGGUCCAAAUCAAGGAGCUGAGAAGGAAGGGUAAUAUAGAAUUCAGUACUGGAAGUCUUUUUGAAAUCAAAGUUGUUUUAUUUUUGAGUACUUGUUACAUGUGGAGAUUUUAGAUGGUUGUUUGGGUGAGAUGAGGGAUGUUAUCAGAGUUGAUGAACUUCUUGAAGGCCUGUUUUCGGCCAAGGUCGAAACGGUAUGUUCAUACGGGUUCGGAUUCUGGUGGUCGCCAAGAAGGGCUUUUGUGGUACAAAGAUUCAGGACAACACUUCAGUGGUGACUUCUCUAUGGCCGUUGUCCAGGCCAAUAAUUUGCUUGAGGAUCAGAGCCAGAUUGAGUCAGGUAGUUUGAGUUCCCACGAAACUGGCCCUUUUGGUACUUUUGUUGGGGUCUAUGACGGGCAUGGAGGGCCUGAAACUUCGCGCUAUAUCAAUGAUCACCUAUUUCCGCAUCUCAAGAGAUUUACUUCAGAGCAACAGUCCAUGUCUGUGGAUGUAAUACGAAAGGCAUUUCAAGCAACAGAAGAAGGGUUUUUGUCUCUUGUCACAAGACAGUGGCCAAUGAAACCACAGAUAGCAGCCGUUGGAUCAUGCUGCCUCGUCGGUGUUGUUUGUGGAGGUACCCUUUACAUUGCUAACUUAGGAGAUUCCCGUGCUGUUUUGGGAAGAGCUGUUAGGGCAACAGGAGAGGUUCUCUCCAUUCAGUUGUCUGCCGAGCAUAACGCAAGUAUAGAGUCCGUGCGACAGGAAUUGCAUUCUAUGCAUCCUGAUGAUUCACAAAUUGUAGUUUUGAAGCAUAACGUAUGGCGUGUGAAAGGGCUUAUACAGAUUUCUAGAUCUAUUGGUGACGUGUAUUUAAAAAAGGCUGAGUUCAACAGGGAGCCUCUUUAUGCAAAGUUUCGCCUUCGCGAACCUUUCAAAAAGCCAAUAUUGAGUGCUGACCCAUCUAUUACAGUUCAUGAGUUGCAGCCUCAUGAUCAGUUUGUUAUAUUUGCAUCUGAUGGGCUCUGGGAACACCUUAGCAAUCAGGAAGCAGUUGAUAUAGUUCAAAAUCAUCCACGUAGUGGAAGUGCAAGGAGGUUGGUGAAAACCGCUCUACAGGAAGCUGCGAAGAAGAGGGAAAUGAGGUACUCGGACUUGAAGAAGAUCGACCGGGGUGUCCGACGACAUUUCCACGAUGACAUCACUGUAAUUGUUAUUUUUCUAGACUCAAACCAUGUGAGCAGAGCUAGUUCUGCCAAGUUCCAAAAUAUAUCAGUAAGAGGGGGUGGAAUCAGUCUGCCUUCCAACACUCUGGCCCCUUGUGGUACGCCAACUGAAGCUGGCAAUACCUGAAUCAGAUUAGGCCUGUAUCUCAUCUCUUGUCCCUUGUCGGUUGUAUUAUUCUCUUGUGUGAAUACCAGGUAGCUUCAAAAAGAGUUUAAAAAGAAGAAGAGAAAAGAAAAAAAAAAAAAAACAGAAAAACUAAAAGAGGAGCGGGCCUUCAAUUCUUUAUUGUAUACUGUAACUUUUAACUGGAUGGAAACUAAUACUUGCAUUUAGCCUUGAGAAAGAGAACUUCUAAGGUGACAGUAAUAGUAGUUGUUUCCUCGGCAAA